GCCCAUCGACUGCUGGAGAAGACUCUGCAUGGAAAAUUCCUGAGAUGCAGUUCCAACAGGUCUUUGUGGCGGCAUGGCAACCAGAUCAGAGGUGGGAGUUCUCACUCCAAGGUCAACAUGGACGGACCCAGGAGACACGGGGGACAGUGGAGAGUCCAGUUUCCAGAAAAGGUGAACUCGGUGUACAACGAGCUCCGCAUGGAGGGGAAGUUGAUUGACGCCGUCAUUAUAGCUGAGGGUGUCAAGUUUCAAGUUCACAAGAUCGUCCUCUGUAAAUGCACUCCGUAUUUCUGUGAUCUCUUCACACGAGGGUGCAGCUUGGACCAGGAGGUUUUUCACAUCCCAGGCAUAUCAGCGGAAAUCAUGCAGGUCUUUCUCGACUACGCGUACACCAACUCUCUCAACAUCACCGAGAGCAAUGCGCAGGAGCUUCUUCUUGCAGCCAAUCAACUGAGCGCGUCUAAGGUUGUGCAAGCCUGCUGCGUCUACCUCGAGGGUCUAAUCAGGCCUAACAACUGCAUCGGCAUCUGGAGGUACACGACCACAGUCUGCCCUCAACCUGUGCUGCACUUCAAGAUCUACAGUUACAUCUUGGAGCACUUUGAGGAGGUCGCUCUGUGUGAUGAGUUCCUGCAGCUCUCCGCGGAGGAGCUCGCUGAUAUCACUGACGCAGACAAGUUGAUUGUGAAAAAGGAGAACUCGGUGUUUGAGGCCAUUUUGAGGUGGACUUCUCACGCUCUUGAAGAGCGAGAGGUGCACUUCGCAACUCUCUUGUCUAAGGUCCGGCUGGGCCUGUUGAAUCCGGAUUACUUCAGAGACAUUGUGCUGCCUAGUGUGCUGGUGGAAGACCAAUCCCUCCCUCUCUUCUCUGCUGCCACUAGAAUGAGAACUCAAAUGCUCUCGUGCAGGCCCCAUUUGACCGGCAUCUGUAACACCUUUUGUCGCCCUCGACUGCCUACCUCCGUCCUACUAGCCAUUGGCGGCUGGAGUGGCGGCGAUCCAACCAAUGGCAUCGAGGCGUAUGAUGUCCGCACUGACUGCUGGAUCAACGUGACCAACAACUCGGAGCGCCCUCGCGCCUACCACGGCUCCUGCUUCCUCAACGGCUACGUCUACUGCAUCGGUGGCUUUGACAGGGUGGAGCAUUUCAACAGCGUGCGGCAGUUUGACCCAGUCACAGGAAACUGGCGUGAGGUGGCCCCCAUGUACUACCAGCGAUGCUACGUGAGUGUGACAGUGCUGAACGGGUGCAUCUACGCUAUGGGAGGCUUUGAUGGACAUGUGCGACUAAGCACAGCUGAGUACUAUCGGCCAGCGAUCAACCAGUGGAGCCUGAUUGCGCCGAUGCAUGAGCAAAGGAGCGACGCAAGCUGCACCACUCUCAAUAACAAGGUUUACAUUUGUGGAGGAUUCAAUGGACACGAUUGCCUGCAGACAGCUGAGUAUUACAGCCCAGAGACCAACCAGUGGACGGUGAUUACCCCCAUGAACAUCCAGCGCAGUGGAGUAGGAGUCAUUGCGUAUGCAGGUCGCGUUUACGCAGUCGGUGGCUUUGAUGGCAGCAACCGUCUGUCCUCUGUUGAAGCCUACAGCCCAGAGACUCAUCUCUGGACAAAUGUGGCCUCCAUGACCACCACCCGCAGUAACUUCGGGAUUGAGGUGGUUGAAGACCGACUCUUCGCCGUCGGGGGCUUCAACGGUUUCACCACCAGCUAUAAAGUCGAGUGCUACGACGCCACAACAGAUGAGUGGUUGGAGGUCUGUGGCAUGGGGAUCUUCCGCAGCGCUGUGAGCUGCUGUUUGAUAUCCGGGCUCCCAAACAUGGCCGAAUACGUGAUCCCUCGUGACGCCCUGCCCCUGCUGCCUCUAGAGGAGGAGGGAAGGCAGGAUGAGGCAGAGUCAGCAGACUCCCCUUAAAACAUAUUCAGACAUCCUCUCCAAUGCCCUCAUCAAUAAACAAUGCAUUAUCAAUAAACCAUCAA